GUGACGUGCUGGUGGUGUGCGCGGGAGACGGGGGUGUGGGUGGGGUUGGGGUUUAGAAGGAGACCUGGGGGCCGGGGCCGCCUCCUGUCGCCAGUCUGCUGGCUUCUAGCACUCCAUCGAAUCUGAGGAGUGGAGGUGACCUUGGCCUCCAGCGUCUCCGACGGCGGCGGCCGGGAUGGCAUUGCUGGGCCUGCUGCACGCGGGCGGGUCGGUGCUGGGGCAGGCGAUGGAGCAGGUGACAGGCGGCAGCCUCCUGUCCACGCUGCUGAUCGCCUGCACCUUCACCCUCAGUCUGGUCUACCUGCUCCGCCUCGCUGUCGGCCACCUGGCCCAGCUGCCGGCCGGGGCGAAAAGUCCACCAUACAUUUCCUCUCCAGUUCCAUUCCUUGGACAUGCAAUAGCAUUUGGGAAAAGUCCAAUUGAAUUCCUAGAGAAUGCAUAUGAGAAGUAUGGACCUGUAUUUAGUUUCACCAUGGUUGGCAAGACUUUUACUUACCUUCUGGGGAGUGAGGCUGCUGCACUGUUUUUUAAUAGUAAAAAUGAAGAUCUGAAUGCAGAAGAUGUCUACAGUCGACUGACGACACCUGUGUUUGGAAAGGGAGUUGCGUAUGAUGUGCCUAAUCCAGUUUUCUUGGAGCAGAAGAGACUGUUAAAAAGUGGCCUCAACAUAGCUCAUUUUAGACAGCAUGUUUCUAUAAUUGAAAAAGAAACAAAGGAAUACUUUGAAAGUUGGGGAGAAAGUGGAGAAAAAAAUUUGUUUGAAGCUCUUUCUGAGCUAAUCAUUUUAACAGCUAGCCAUUGUUUACAUGGAAAGGAAAUCAGAAGUCAACUCAAUGAGAAGGUGGCACAGCUGUAUGCAGAUUUGGAUGGAGGUUUUAGCCAUGCAGCCUGGCUACUGCCUGGUUGGCUACCUUUGCCAAGUUUCAGACGCAGAGACAUAGCUCAUCGAGAGAUCAAGAACAUUUUUUAUAAGGCAAUCCAGAAACGCAGACAGUCAGAAGAAAAAAUUGAUGACAUUCUCCAAACUUUAAUAGAGUCUACAUACAAAGAUGGACAUCCUUUGACAGAUGAUGAAAUAGCAGGGAUGCUUAUUGGACUACUCUUGGCAGGCCAACACACAUCCUCCACUACUAGUGCUUGGAUGGGCUUCUUUUUGGCCAGAGAUAAAACACUGCAAGAAAAAUGUUAUUCAGAACAGAAAACAAUCUGUGGAGAGGAUUUGCCUUCUUUAAAUUAUGACCAGCUCAAGGACUUAAAUUUACUUGAUCGCUGUAUUAAGGAAACAUUAAGACUUAGACCUCCUGUAAUGACCAUGAUGAGAAUGGCCAGAACUCCGCAGACUGUGGCAGGGUAUACCAUCCCUCCAGGUCACCAGGUGUGUGUGUCUCCUACUGUCAACCAAAGACUUAAAGACUCAUGGUCAGAACGUCUAGACUUUAAUCCUGAUCGCUACUUACAGGAAAACCCAGCAUCAGGAGAGAAGUUUGCCUAUGUACCAUUUGGAGCUGGGCGUCAUCGAUGUAUUGGUGAAAAUUUUGCCUAUGUUCAAAUCAAGACAAUUUGGUCCACUAUGCUUCGUUUAUAUGAAUUUGAUCUCAUCGAUGGAUAUUUUCCAAGUGUGAAUUAUACAACCAUGAUUCACACCCCUGAAAGACCAAUUAUCCGAUAUAAACGAAGAGCAAAAUGAAAAAGGUGGCAAGAACUUACGUGUGAACCAUCACUGUCAGCUGCACAAACAUUUGAAGAGAACAAAGAUUGGAAACAAC